AUGUCAACAGUUUAACGGAAUAUGGUCGAGUUGUCGCCCUCUCUUGUUUCUUUUCAUCGAGUUGUCUCCCUCUCGGUGUCUCUCCAGCUCAUGUGUUGAGUCACUAACUGUGUACACGGAAUAUACUGUCCAUUGUUGUUUAAUAUCUCUUUAGAUAUAUACCAGUAAUUCAGUAGACUGUCGGGAUGUUUCAUUGUGAGCUAAUGUCGCUUGAAUAUAAAUUAUAUGCAGUUCGUAAAUAUGAUUGACUUAUGUGUACUCUGCAGUGCUUUCUAUACAGAGAGCUUAUAGCUCAGAGCUCAGAGCUCCGUAACAGCUUACCUAGAGACAUGCGCUGAUGUCAUGUCUUCCAAGACAUCUGUCUCCAGGGAGAUGUACAGACAUCUUUGUGCUACAGUGUCUCAUUUUUACACACGCAGACGCUAGCAUCAUUAGAGAGAAAUUGCGUUGAUCUCGCCCAAUGGAGCCUAUAUGAAUUUUAUAUAACGAAGUCUAUAUGAACGACAGUUUUGGACUCUCUGGUAUCCUGUGGGAUCUAGUGUUUGAACAAAGAAUACGAAUUCUUGUAAUUUUAUGUUGGUUAGUGAUCUUACUUUCCGUUUGACCCUCAUCAACUCAGUGCUAUGUUUUUACGAGUCCGUCGGCUUACAGCGAAACAAAUAUGCCCUGUCUGCCCUAGGGCAUCUAUCAACGAGCAUCCCUAUUCAGCAGAAUAUAUUCUAUUCAUAGGAUAGCAACGAAUCACUAACGUGUUCUUUCAAGUGCAUUCCAAGUGCACGGUCAGUUCUUAGCACAGAAAUCGAUGACCUUAUCAAGAUGGAAAUUUGUUCAUAAAGUUGGGUGAUCACAAUUUCAGUAUUAUUAAAUUUUGAGCGCUGUUGGAUUUAAGCUCCGUCAUGUCGAAUCCAAACGGGGGUGUUCAGACUCCGCCAGUCGCGGCUCCGAGGUUACAAAAACCCGUGAAGCGAAAAGAAAGAACAACUGCCAAGCACAAACCUCUGCAGCAGCAGGAGCAGGAGAAGCUUCGUCACAAGGAGCUCGAGCAGCAGAACAAACUGCACCAGGAGGACGAGACUGCCAGGAUACCGUCGGCCAAGAAGCCCAAGAAAGGCUGCAGCAGUUGCUGCUUCUCUUCCUGCUGCUGCCCCGACGGCGGUGGCGCCUCCAAAGACUGCGACAGCAUCAUCGACGCCGACGACGACGCCACGCACAUCGCCUCGCUCAGCAACCACUCGUCACGUGACAAGUCUUCCGGCUGCUGCGGCUGCUGUUGUUGGAAAAACAAAAAACGAGCAACGAAAGGAGAGUUUCAGAAGACGAGCAGCUCCUCGGGGCCGAGGAAGUCCCGUUGCAAGCACUGCUGCAGGAAGCUAGCCGCCUUCAUAUUUUCCCACAUUGGACUGUGUUCUCUCGUGGUGGGAUACUCUAUCAUGGGAGGCUUUUUGUUUCAGUACCUGGAGGCUACAGAUGAGAUGAAAGAGAGGAUUAAUGUAUUGAACACAAGAUCGUACAGUGUUAUGAAGCUUUGGAAUAUGACCAAUGAUCUGAAUAUAUUAUACAAGGAAAACUGGACUGCCAUGGCUGAAGUGAUUCUCCUGGAGUUCCAGAACAACGUAUAUAGGUCAGUCAAAGAGAGAGGCUGGGACGGAAGGGACGAAACUGACGAGGAUAUGCAGUGGUCAUUUUCAGGGUCACUGCUCUACAGUGUGACCGUCAUCACCACAAUAGGUUAUGGUCACAUCGCACCAAAAACAAACAAUGGGCGCCUUGUCACUAUGUUCUACGCCUUGAUAGGAAUCCCUCUGACCCUGCUGUGUAUAUCAAAUAUAGGAAGCUUCUUCGCCAACUGCUUCCGUCUUCUGUACAAAUAUAUAUGCUCCUGUCUGGACUGUUUGUUCUGCCCAAAGCGACAGAAAGUGACCAAGAAAAGCGGCUCCACCAGCACGAUGACCACGACGUCCAGCCUCAAGUCUGUGGCCUCGAAGAAGUCCAAGUCUGUAAAAGAGCUCAAUCUCGAGCACGACGAGUCGAGGCAGGCUUUGAGGCGAGACAUCAGCGUCGUGGAGGGAGGUCUUCGAGACACACCUCAGUCCAGCAAAGACUCUUUAAGACCGCACGGCCACGAGGAAGCGGUGACAAUCACGAAACCAGCAGACGAUCAAAGUUCCCGGAAGUUGUCGUUGACCGAGGAAGUCCGGGUACCCAUGUGCGUGAGCCUCAUCAUCGUGGGACUUUACAUCUUCGGAGGCGCCGUUUUAUUCUCGUUGUGGGAGAAAGAUUGGAGCUACCUGAUUGGCUCUUACUUCUGUUUCAUAACCCUCAGCACCAUCGGGUUUGGAGAUUACGUGUUUGGCGUGGGCAGCGACCUGGAUAACAGCGAAAAGAUGAUCACCUGCGCCAUUUACCUUGUCCUGGGCUUGUCGAUCAUCGCCAUGUGCUUCGACCUCAUGCAGGAAGAAGUCCGUGCCAAAUGCCGAUGGCUAGGGGUCAAACUGGGCAUAGUGGACCCCUCCAAAAAACGUAGAAGAAGAUAAGUACACCUCUGCCUAGUCCUACUCUCUAUACCAUCCAACGUACUGUAAUGUAACACUCCUCAUGGUGUCCAUUGGAUACAGAGGCGGAGAAUGGGUAAAAAUUACUUCACCAAGUGAAUCAAAUAGAGACUAAGUAAAAGACUUAAGUUAAAUACUUCAAAGAUCUCUGACAUUUUUCAAAUGCUGAAAAACUGUACCAAUGGCUCGGGUAUAAGACAAUGAUUACAAAAAAAAAACUACAAGAUAAAAAAACUUGUGGUAAAGUACAAAUGAUUCUCUGUGAUGGCCCUCCUGAAGAAUACACCUUGUGGUACUGUACUAGUGGUUCUCUGAGAUGGCCCUCCUGAAGGAUACACCUUGUGGUACUGUACUAGUGAUUCUCUGUGAUGGCCCUCCUGAAGGAUACACCUUGUGGUACUGUGCUAGUGAUUCUCUGUGAUAAUCCCUCCCGAAGGAUACACCUUGUAGUACUGUACUAGUGAUUCUCUGUGAUGGCCCUCCUGAAGGAUACACUAUGUGGUACAGUGCUAGUGAUUCUCUGUGAUGGCCCUCCUGAAGGAUACACCUUGUAAUACUGUACUAGUGAUUCUCUGUGAUGGCCCUCCUGAAGGAUACACUAUGUGGUACAGUGCUAGUGAUUCUCUGUGAUGGCCCUCCUGAAGGAUACACUAUGUAGUACAGUGCAAGUGAUUCUCUGUGAUGGCCCUCCUGAAGGAUACACCUUUGUUGAAAAACGAUAUUCAAUGUGUUCAAUGUUGUUGUUGUAGAAAUAGAACUGUUAGGCUCUGAUAUAUUUUCAGGCAUGUGAUAUCUGGGUUUAACUACACCAUUCUAGAUUUUUUUUUCUUUUCGCAUAUUUUUAAAACGAAUGCAUUUUCAGUUAUGCGAUAUAUUGAUUUAGCGAAAACAUUUUUAAAGACCAUUUUAGAUUUUGUAAAUUUUAAAUGAAUACAUUUUUUAGGCAAGUGAAAUCUGUUUAAAAAAGAAAAUUGUAAAGCCAUAUCUAGAUCUUUAUAUUUGAUUGUAAAUCGUAAUGAGUCCGUGCUAUUAGUUGCAUUAUAGAACUAUUAAAUCCAGCGAAUAACGUCAGAAAUCAAGUGUCUCGCUCACUGUAUUAACUCUUUCUCUCGUAAUUAUUGACCACAUUCUGGUGGAAUCAACGCUGGUAUCGUCAGCUAGGAGAGAAAGAGUUAAAAUGCUUUACAUGGUAGGGAGAAAUAACAAAAAUGGUAUUGUUUUAGUUGACAUUGUUUAGAAGAGAUUUUAUGAGAAUUUUAAAUGGCGAACCAAAGUGUAGAAUGCGAAUAGAUAAUUACACUUUAGGACCACGCUACAAUAUUUGCUUUGAUUCUAUAUAGGCUAGCUCUCUGUCACUACGCGUGAAUGAAAUAAGUUUGAUCAAAGUCCACUGUCUGUUGUUUUUUUUAAUAAUGACCUAAUGGGUAACAAGCGGUCGUCCGUUUCAAAGCGUUCCGUUGUUAAUCAAUACGGGGUAAUUUUAAAACUUGUUGAUCCAUUCUGUCAAUAGUGCUGGCGAAUCGAUAGGGACAACUUAUAUGACAAUGCAAUGAUGAAAUUCUAAUGUGUCACAUCUGUUGUUAUGAAGUGAUGAAGUGCACUCGUCACGUGAUGUUUAUAUUUAGCGUCACGUGACAAUCGUACAUUAAAAAAUCGAAUACGUGUUGAAACGUAACGGCAACAUGAUUAAAAAAAAAGAAAAUAUAUUACUAUAAUAUAAAGCUAGUACCGGUAUUGUAAACAUUAUUAAUUAUUUAAACUGAGCCAUAUACUUGCAGUGGCGUAGCAAGGAUGGGGGAGGGGAGUUAAAAUUCGAAAGUACACCCUGGCCACCACUUGAGGGGGAUUCCUAAACAAGUGUCCAAUGUUUUUAUUUUUUAGAUUAAAGAUUAAAUAUUAAGCCCCUGCCAUGCAAUCUUGCUAUUUAUGUUGUAUAAGUUGGUGACACUCUUGCAUGAAUUCCAUACAGAUUAUUAAUUCUUUCCGUGCGGGGUUACUCUCAGGGAGUAACCUGAGUUAUAUAUUAUUAAGCUAUAUAUUUAUUAAGUACAUUAUCUCGUGUCAUGAUGUCGAAUGUCAAAAUGCAGGGGCCCUAAAGAAAUCAAGCCCACCGGGCCCCCAAAUCCCUAACUACGCCACUGUGUACUCGGUUAGUGAUUCUGUGUCAUACAGUGCAGUUGCCAUGGCUACUUGAUUGUAUAUGGAAAAAAAAUAAUAGGCCUAACUGUAUGGAGAAAUCCUACUAAAUAUCUAGGCUGAAUUCGUUUAUUAUUUAUAGAAAAAAAAUUACACAAGGAAAUCUUUAUAGAUACAAUUCAGCGGCGUCGCUAAUGAGUGCGAGAAGUGCGGACCUCACCGGGUAUUAUCAUUCAGGGGUGUCUUUUUAAUCCUGAAUAAAACAAAAAUAUACACGGGUUCGAACUUGUGCCUCUCAGUUUGUCAAUGAGAGUUUUCAUAUUUCCAUAAGUAACAUCUGCAAUUUUAAGUCUGUAUUAUUAGACCUACAAUACCCAUGUGAACUAUUCACUACAGCACCAUGGUAAACCUUCCACUACAGAAUCGAAUUCAAUCCACUUGGUAAGGGUUAUGGAGUAUCAGCAUAUUUGGUUGAGGAAGAGGGUUGCGAAAGACAGUAACUAGUUUAAAUGUAGAUCUAGAUAUGUUUGUGAAUCUGCUUCUGUGCGAUAACUGUAUAAUUCUAAAACAAAUUGUUGAUAAUUGGUAAAUCCUCAAAGAAGUUCUUGCACUCUGGUCACCUGUACGUGGCCCGUGACUCAGAUUUCAAUCCCCAAAAUGAGUUUAACUCUAUUGUUAAUGUGAAGUCUCUAAAGUCUGGUAGAGGUUUAGCUCUGCAUGCUUUGUUCUCCACUUGCUUCAGUUUUAUUUAUGUAAAAAAAAAACAUGGGUAUUUUAUGUUUCAUUUAUCUAAGCCCAAGGUUUGCGCCCCUAAGAAUCUGAGGCUGUUGUAUAGCUUCUCUAGUAAUUAUGAAUGUUGAAAUCACGGGUUUUAAGUCCAACUUUAUGACAUCAAGUACGUACACUGCGUGUGGCCGCUUUCAGUGAUGGUAACUUUUACGCCUCAUUGUAUCACUGACCUGCGACCUGUUAACAUUUGGUUCCAGCCCUGAUCUCAGACUGCUUAGCACUUACCUGAGGCAUGCUGACAUUUGGUCGCAGCACUGACAUGCAAUCUGUUAGCAUUUGGUUCCAGCCCUGAUCUCAGACU